AUGGGGGAGUAUAGACCUUCGGAUGGGCAGAACCGGAGAAACAAGCUCGCCUACGGCGGAGCUCUGUGGUUCGAUAUGGCGAUGUUGUCUUCGCCUGACUUCGAUCCAAACCUUAUUGAAGGUUUCUCCAACCAAUUCCUGGAGAAGUACGGGGUUUCUAUGGCCGUCGCACAAAAUCGACGGGCCAACGGGCUAUUGAACCGCCAGAUAGAGGAAACAUCUUUAUGA